AUGAGGAGCAUGAAGGAUAUCUGCGAGUUCUUCGAGAAGAUGGAAUAUUUAUUUGUCCUAAAGGACUAAGAUGAUACCCUCAUUGUGAAUAAUGGAAAUGAACGAAGAGCCUUCUCAUUUGCAACUUCUAUGGUUUUAUUUCAAUGGUUUGAAGUAUUUUGUGAAACCUAGCUCUAAUAAGCUCCAACACUCUGGCGUUUUGAAUAAUCAGACCUUGCUCUUUAUCAAUGGAAAGAUUUUAUGCAUCCUCACAUUUUUAAAAAGGCUUAAUUUUAAUAAUUGGAAACACUAGCUAAAGUGGUUGCUAGAAUUGAAAAAUCCGAAAAAGAAGAGCUCAAGAGUGAGGAGCCACUAGAUACUAGAUAAAACUCAAUUAGUGACGAAGAAUCAGUGAUAGCCGGAAAUCUUAACUGGGCAGUCAUUAAGUCUCAUUUUAACUACUGCACUGAUGAACCAUGUGGAUCAUGCAUUGAAGUUAAAUGCUCGAUCGCAUAUUUGCUCCUUUGUACAGCAUGCUUACUCCUACAAACAAUAUUCUUCCUUUUACAGAUCUCAUACUUGCUAUCAUAUUUGUACACUAGAUAUUCCAUUAGUCAAGUGGCUUUCUGCACCCAAGCCGGUUAUUUGCAAAAUAAACCAAAAUAUCUUACUGGUUUAAAACGAUCACUUGCCUAUGAUGAUGCUCAGCUUCCUCUCAAAGGUAUCCUUGAUAACGAAAGUGGUGAUGAUGAGGAAGAUGAGUAAGAUAAUGAAGUCGAUGAUGAAGAUGAAAUUAAGAUCAUUAGAGUGCAGAAUCACACAAAAAAGAAAUAUCUAAGAAGUAAUCCACAUGAAGAGGAAAGCUAAAAUUAGCUGCCAAGAGGGGACUUCUUAUUUCCGUAGAGAUUGACACAUCUUCAUCUCAAGCGUGCUGCUAUUAUUACCGUUUCCUCUUAUGAUUGCCUGGAUAUAGUACUUUAUUAAAUGCUUUGCAGGUUAUUAGUUCAUAAAUUGAAGAAGUAAUACUCCUUGCUGAUCAUGUAUGAUAAUUUUGAUGCUAAAUGGUUCGAGAAUGACUGGGAACCAAGCACACAGCAGCUCUCGGAUAUCUUUGGAUAGCAAACUAUUUUUAAUGUGCUUAAACUUUCUCUAUUGGUAUCAAAAGCAUGCUUCGGAAUAGUGUACAAAAAAAACAGGUCAACACAACCACUGAUAGCUCUUAAUGAAUUAGGCAAAUUGUUUGCUUUAAUAUCAGGUAGAGAUGGUAUAAUUCAGAAGAAUAAAGAGCAAUUAUAUCAAUUUUGCAUUGCUCAAUGGAUUGAUACGAUUGAGGGAUUCAAGGCUACUUCUGGGAUAGCUGUUGUGAACUCAGUCAAACAGUUCCUAGAUGCUUUAUAGACAAAGCAUGGCGAAUUAACUCGACUUAGCUAAGAUAUAACAAAUAGUGAUUGUGAUAACUUUGGUUAAAUCAUGGGCGCGAUUGAAAUAAAGCCGAAUUGUAAGUCAUAUGAUCACAAUUAUGGAUUGUUCCUUCUGGUCAAGAUGAGAACUAUAGGGCCUCUAAAGUAGAAUACAAAACAGCUUUUCAUAAAUAGCUUGCUCUAACAACUCUUGUUCUUCUAUAUUGUCCUUAGCUCCUAACUCAAGCACUUAUUAAUGCAAGCAUUCCAUCCUUAAUUAAAAAAGAAGGUAUUGACUACAAACUCCAUCAUGCCAUGCAGGGUUUAAUUGGGUUGGAAAAUUUGUGGCAGCAUCAAAAGGGUAAAAUUUACAGAUGUCAAAAUCAAUGAUGUAGCUAAAGAAAAGACUCAUUUAGUUUAAAAACUCUGUUUAAUCCUGCACUAAAGAUAAAGCAAGUCCCACUAAAAUCAAAAGUGA